AUGGCCCUUCCUACAUCGCGCUAUUACGAUAUGGCACCCAUUGCUCAAGCACAGCUCAUAAGGGGCUUCCUACGUUGGGCUUUCAGACUUCCAGGCAAUCAAGCAGUCACAACCGGUGGUCAGGGCUUGGGCCAAAGAGCCAUCGCAGCAGGUGUUUGGAGGCCUAUAGUAUUGCCAGCUAAUGGAGUCAUGGCCACUGGUGGUGAAGGAAUAGUACACCUCUGGUGCAGGGUCGAUCCCAACAACUUGACGAUUCAGGACCGCGUCGUUGUCAAGAACGUGGUGUCAGGCUCAACCCGAUAUCUGGAUCCUCACAAUUGGGCCAGCGACACUGUGGGAGGAGAACCCUUGGAGUGUCGUCAAGCCAACGUCGUAUGGUCAGUCACGACCCCGGCCGAUCGGAAGCAUAUCCAAGCCUGCUUAGGUUGGGGAGAUGUGGUACCGCCUCACUACGUGGCACAAAACUAUCGGUACAAGAUUUACAACGAGUACUGUGCACACAAGAAUUUGCACAAGAUCAUGAAAAACCAGCCAAAGAGGAAGAAGAAGGGUGCGGUCAGGAGAGGGAGAAGACAAUUCCCAGAACCAUUCCUUUGGUAUAUGUUUGAGUCGUUGGCGAAGGCCUGCAUAGGCAUGAACAGAGCUUACAUGUACACCGGCGUGGUCCAUCAAGAUCUGCACCCAGGGAAUGGUAAGCAGUCGAUCGAAGCAGCUGAUAUAUAA